AACAGUCCGCUGGCCAAGCCGUCCCGGUGCCUGAAUCACGUCCUGUUGACGGGACUACAUAGUCUAUUGGCCAGCCCGGCCUCCUGCAGUUGCAGGGCCCGGCACGAUUUACACACAGUGUGUCAGUAGCCCGGACUCGCCCCGCUUCGAAGGAGGCAGGGGAAGGACAUUGUGUGCAACUUCACCUCGGAGAGGGCAGCCUUGGGACAUCCUGUAGCUCUCCCCGCGCCUGCCCUCACUUCAGCAGCUGCAGGAGCACAAAGGAUUAUUUUAACCGCCCACACUCAGACCCUCUGGGGAGGGUGGUGGAGCCGCCGACCCCCCCUCUGUACCUGCCAUGGCUCUUCCUCGCAGCUACCCCGCCGAGGGGGCCCCGUUUCGAGCCGCAGCAGCUGCGCGCGGGGCAGGCAUGGGGAGGACGCGCGGCCCCUGGCCCGGGCUGGCGGCGCUGCUGUGCCUGGCGCACGCGGCCCGGGCCGCCUUCCAGCUCACGCUCCUCCACACCAACGACGUCCACGCGCGGGUGGAGCAGACCGGCCGCGACUCCGGCAAGUGCCAGACCCGCUCCAGCGGCGGCCCCCCGGAUUGCUACGGCGGGGUGGCGCGGAGAUACACCAAGAUCCGCGAGAUCCGAGCCACCCACCCCAACGUGCUGCUCCUGGACGCCGGCGACCAGUACCAGGGCACCGUGUGGUUCACCUACUUCAAGGGGCGGGAAGUGGUCCGCUUCAUGAACCUCCUGGGCUACGACGCUAUGGCUUUGGGGAACCAUGAGUUUGAUAAUGGUCUGGAUGGAUUAUUGGAUCCACUACUUAAAAAUGUUAAUUUUUCAAUUCUGAGUGUGAACAUUCAGGCAAGCAAAUCAGUAGCAUCCAAGAUCACUGGAUAUUUUCAGCCUUAUAAAAUACUACAUGUUGGUUCAGAAAAAAUCGGAGUUGUUGGCUAUACCACUAAGGAAACAUCUUUCCUUUCAAAUCCAGGAACGGAUAUAUACUUUGAAGAUGAAAUUGAAGCAUUGCAGCCACAUGUGGAUAAACUUACCACGCUGGGAGUUAACAAAAUUAUUGCACUAGGACACUCUGGCUUCACUGUAGAUCGAAUGAUUGCUCAAAAAGUGAGAGGAGUGGAUGUUGUAAUUGGAGGACAUACAAACACGUUUCUUUAUACAGGCCCCCCACCUUCCAGUGAAACACCAGCUGGCAACUAUCCAUUCCUGGUGAAGUCAGAUGAUGGGAGGCAAGUGCCAGUGGUACAAGCCUAUGCUUUUGGAAAAUAUCUUGGUUAUUUAAAUGUAACAUUUGAUGAUCAAGGAAAUGUAAUUAAAACAUCUGGAAACCCUAUUCUGCUAAAUAGCAGUAUUCCUGAAGAUAGAGUCUUGAGAGAAGAAGUUGACAAGUGGAAGAUACAGCUAAAUAAUUUUUCUGCCCAUGUGAUAGGAAAAACUAUAGUUUACCUAAAUGGUACAAGUCAGGCAUGCCGUUUCCAAGAAUGCAACAUGGGAAAUUUGAUUUGUGAUGCCAUGAUUUACAAUAAUCUCAAACAUCGAGAUGAAAAUACAUGGAAUCAUGUUUCAAUGUGCAUUAUGAAUGGUGGUGGGAUACGGUCACCCAUUGAUGAACGCAACAAUAAUGGUACCAUUACAAUGGAGGACCUGCUAGCUGUGCUGCCGUUUGGAGGUACUUUUGAUCUGAUGGAGUUAAAAGGCUCUACUCUCAAAGCAGCAUUUGAGCACAGUGUGCGCAGACAUGGACAAGGAACUGGCGAGCUGCUGCAGGUUGGGGGCAUUCACAUGGUCUACGAUCUUUCCAGACCACCAGGAAGCAGAGUUGUCAGUACAGAAGUUCUUUGCACAGCCUGUAGAGUACCAGCCUAUGUACCACUCCAAAUGGAUGAAACGUACAAAGUGAUUCUUCCUUCUUUUCUGCAGCAGGGAGGAGAUGGAUAUUCUAUGCUAAAAAAUAAAUCACUGAGUCACAAUCAGGGUGAUCUUGAUGUUGAAGUAGUUUCCAAUUACAUCUCUAGAAUGGGACAUGUUUUUCCAGCAGUUGAAGGUCGAGUAAAGUUUUCUGCAGGAAAUUUCAUCCAACGAAGUAUUACUCUGAUUGCUGGAUUAUUCACUGCGACAUUCCUGCACUUUAUUUAAUUCUUACUUGCAAUGCUUUUAGACUGCUGCUAGAAUGCCUGCUCCCCUCCCCUUUGCCUGCACCUCCCAGCACAUGUUUAAACAGGUCCUAGGUUGCAGCAUGCCUUCAGUAAUUAUAGUGGAGGGCCAGCUGUACUACAGUCAAGAUUGAGACGAGCUCUUUAAAACAUGGCUCUUCUAAAUGUUGUAUUAUAUGCUUGGUUGCCUUAAAAUUUGGUAUGCUUUGUAGGGGGUUGAGGUAGGAAUAUUGAUCCAAAUUUGGGGUCAUUUGCCCAAGGGCUUCCUGAGAUGUAUCUCUCUGGGAAACAAAACAAAACAGCUCUGCUGAAGGUUGACACAUUCUAACAGGUUUUUUGCUCAGAUCUGGGUAUCAAUGCUUGGCUCUGAAAAAAAGCUGUGAAGCAUACUAUACAGAAUGAUGGGACUUCUGGCAGGUGGUAGGUUUCCAAAUUUGAUACAGCAGGUUUAAGAUGCACUCCCUCAAACUCAAGUUCCAAAAAGCAAAGCAUUAAAGGAAAAACAUCCUAUUCCAUGGAGAAAAUAAUUAUAUAGAAAUAUUUACAAGCAUAUCAGUGUAAAAUUUUCCCUCCAACUCUUCCCAUGCACACUGAAACAGUGAAAACAAUCUUUUUUUCAGUAAUGUAAGUAAAUUCCUACUUAUAGAUGCAUUACUACUUUCCUCUGUCCCCUAUGCAGGGUUGAAAACUUAAAUGUGACAACUGUAUCCAGUUUUCAGUAAAACUUAUCUUGGCUAUGUCAGUGCCUGAAAUAACUGGACCAAGUUUACCACUAUUAUUGCGUGACAUCAGCUCAUUUCCCCACCAGCUUUAGUUACAAUUUUUAAUUACAGAUAUUGCAAACCUUCCAUCACCUUCCCACUAAUAAAGGAACUUAAUAUCAAAAUGUUUCCAGAUGGUUUGUGUGUAGCUCUAUGUAAUUGAUUCAGUUCACUUAAUCUGUUUUCCAGAAAAUAAAAAUGAACUGAUGGCACCACAUUAAUCAAUCAGAGCCUAUUUAUAUUACAACCAAUCAUUUUAUCUAGGAACUACAUACAUGGGACAUUUAAUAAUAGAGGCAAAUUAUGAACAGGAUAUAAAUUAUUCUGUAUGGUCAAUAUUUACUUCUCAAAUAGGUAACUUCCAACAUAAGGUAGUUAUGGAAAACCUUGAGCUAUGUGGGGUUGCAUCUCACUGUUUCUGAGAGGCAUUUUUAAAGAUAAAAUAUUAGCAUAGCUACCACCUUCUUGUACACUUAAGACAUUUAGUUACAAGUUAGUUGUUACCUGUUUGUCCAUCUCAGAUCCAGCCUUCUCAAACAAUAUUUAACCUUCCAGGGUGGGUUGGAAGAGACAGCUCAUAUCUUUUGCUAAAUAUGCAUAGGAACAUAAUUAACAUACUGAAUCAGACCUGGGGUCCAGUUAGUCCCAUAGUCUGUGACAGUGGCCAGCACCAGAUGCCACAGAACCACACAGGAAGCAAAUAGGAGAUAAUUUGCCCCCUCUAAUGGAGAUUGACUAUGCUUCAGUGUUUAAACCAGGAGAUUAAGACUGCCAUGUUCUUAGAAAGGUGGGUUCCCAGGAAGUUACAGAGUUUUUGGAUUUCACAUACCAUCUCAAUAGUAUGCUGUACUUAUUCCUUCAACAGAUACUCUUUUUAGAGGCAGCAACUUCCACUUGUAGAUAAAAUGUCAGAGGCAAAGUCUUCCAGCAGAAUAAAAGUUAGUCUGAUUAACAGAUUGGUGUCUUUUAAACAGACAUUAAAAAACAACAACAAAAGGUUACACCUAUGGGCCAAGAAGCAUUUGAACCUUUUAGAUAGCUUCUGCUGUAUCCUUCAAGUUAGCCAGUGAGGUAGAUUUUGGCCAGCAGAAUUAACAUUUUAGCUAUCUUUGUGCAAAAGGGAGGAGGGAGUAAAUGGGAAGGGGAUAUAAAAGUUAUGCGACUCAGAGGUUGACCAAGAACUCUAACAGAGUUUCAGAUUUGUGUACUUGUUUUAGCUUUGUAUUCUAACAAAAAGUUUAUCUUAUUUGGAGUUGACAUUUUCUGAAAGUGCUGCCCAGGAG